UUAUGUUAAGAUUUUUCUGUUACAUUUUGGUAAAAAUUUGCAUUAAUUUUGUACACAUAGAAGCAAGCCUGUUCUAUGCGAAACCGCUGCGUGGUGCCCUACACACCCUUUGAUCGUCGGAAGCAACCAGGCUGAGAUUGUUUACCGGAAGUCGUUAGUCACACUAGUACCAAAUUAGGGCAAACCCUUGGAAAGAAUAAAAACACACAAGCUGUUUGGGGGGAAUCGUUUAUCCUUGGCUAAUUUGUGUUACGAUGCAAACAAAAAUUUUGAAUAUUGAAAGCUGAAACACACCCCUCUCCAGAAUAAACUGACCUGUCCCCCAAAACUACCAAUGACAGCAAAACGUUCAUUCAUUCAUACCCCAGUCUCGUGAACUUACAUAUGAGUCGUAGCUUUGGUAGCGAUGUUACCAAAAUCCUUCCGAAGUGCAUGCAAGACAGCAUGCGCAAACCGCAAGCACAGAGAUUGUCUGGAGCGGUGAGCUGUAAAAGUAAUGGCGCUCUCAAAAGGGCGGCAUUGUUUACAGAAGCAAGGGUUUCUUUGAGGGAAGAUUCGCGAUAAACUGUUCGGAUUACAUGCCGUCGGCGGGUAAAAUUAAUCGCUCGUUGUCAUGAGAGGUCGCGUAGAGGUGAGGCGCUUCUCCGGAAAUUCGCUGCGAGUAGGGUGUAGAAAUAAUCAGCGGAGAAGUCUUCUGUAAGCAACACUCGCCAGUCUGUGCCCCAGGAGAUACCUCUGGGAUUCCGCAAUUCGAUGCUUUUUAAGUCGCGGAUAUGGUGUAGUUGUUUUGGUACGUCGCUAGGCACAAUGCGUGCAACGCGGCGCCCACUUUGAAACCCAUCUGCACAACAGGUCUCUACUGUCUCCACACGGCGGAGCGAACCGGGAUGCCUUCCCUAGCCCAGCGGGGUCACGGCUUUGGAGCGGCUGUAAGCUGUGUGGCGACUCCUCGCCGGGAUCCGUGAAACAUGACUACCAGUCAUGGACCAAGCACCGAGAGGGCAAACCCAGCCGUAACCUGCUACACUCGGGAGGUGCAAAAAUGGCGCCCAGCUAUUAGUUCUCUACUGCUACUGAUUCUCCUACUGGUAGACGAUGUCAGAGAGGUAGUAGCCAUGAACGACAUCCCUAAGAUGCCGCUCGCCCACGUGAGCGAGAAGAAAUCCAGCAACAGGUGCUACUACAAAGCAUUCAGCACCAAGGCCGGGACCAUACCGUGCACGGAGCCAAAAGAGCUACCAAAGGAGUGGCGCCUGCCGUUCUGCGCCUUAUUUACUGUGGGGGACAUCUUGCCGAGCGAAGGCAAGCAUUUCCUGAAUAAUUCCGCCCUCCAACUCUACAGUUUCUUACAUAAACAACAGGAGUACAUACAGGGACUGUGUCCGAAACACAACCUUGCCAAUUGUUUGGACGAGUUUAAUCGAACCGGCAGCCACGAGUGCCUAAUAUGGGAUUCGCCUUCUAGAAACGGAUCCGUGUGCGAGCGAUGUCUGGAUCUAGUCUUAUUUCUGGACACUUGUUUGAGGACAGCUUUCGAAUCGUCCAUAGUGACUCUACAAAGACAUUGCGGUUGCCAAGACGACUACUCCAUGAGAUGGAGAUGCGAUACGUGCCAGACUGCCUACAGGGACUGGUUUUGUGCAGAAAACCUUCCAUUCUUUAAGGGAGGAGUCCUGAAGAGGCCGUGUGUCAGUUUCUGUGAGGACAUGGAGAGGUCGUGCCCAUAUUUCCUGCCAGACUCACCCUACGCUGGGGAGGCUGGCUUCUCAUGUCCAGGGCACAUCUACGGAGUUCUCGGAAAAAACAUACCGAAAGACAAUAAUUGUUACACCAAGUGUGACCUUAAGCAUGACGUUGAUUCCCAAGAGUCAUGUGACCAAGAAUGGACCAAUCCUGCGCCAACAGAAAGCAGGGCGCCUCCAUUUCUGCCUCACGUCCAGAGUCCUGCUUUGUCGGUAGCGUUGUCGAUUCUACUCAUACUGAUGUUGUAAUACUAAAGAGUGUGGAAAUUAAACACAGUGCCAUAAAGAGCAUUCAAGUCCCUCGUGAGAUGACUGACUGAAGUGGUUCUCAGACUUUUAGAUGAGUUUCUAUGGUGAGUGCAAGAGCAAAGCGACACUUAACACCCAGGGCAACUUCGGGUCAUCGCAAUUUCAACAGGUCGUUCAUUCAAGUAUCACCAAUCUACAUUCCACGGGAGGAUCUAACAUCAGGGAGUCUCUCAAAAGAAUAUUUUCCAACAGUUAAAAACAGGUUUGCCGCUCGCCAUAUGCCAAGUGUAGAGAUUUAAGAAAAAGGGUGAAGGCCACUGAAAUUAUUACAAUGCUCAAGUUCACUGUGUAAAUCUCACUCUAAUAUUAUAUUAUAAUGAUUAUUGAUCAGGUGGAAAAGAUGCUGCAAUAUGUGGAAAUACUUAACUUUAUGUAAUGUUAUACAAUAUCUUUAUUAGGAUUAGUAAGAAAAGUUUUAUAUUUCCUCAGUAUGGUUAUAGUACAGAAACAAACCAUUAUGAUAAAUGAGAGUUUAUCAUAUUCAUAAGGAAUUCUAUGUGUGAUUAGGUUAGGACUGUUUAAUAGUUGUUGUGAAGAGAGAAAGAGUAUACUAUGACUUUGUAUGCAAUAUGCUGUGAAAUGCUCCAACAAAAUUCAGUAUUUCUUAUAUCACUGCAUGGACAUUAAGUCUUAUAAUUAUAAUAACUGCUAAAUGGAUCCAGACACAGGGUAAUAAUAGUUUUUGAAAUGCUGUUUUGGAAUGUAACAAUGUAUUGUGAAUAAGAAAAAAGAUUAUCUUGAUUUUGUGCAGAUUGAAACUACAUGUACAUUGUAUAAAAGGUUAAAAAGUAUUCUUAAUCAUUUACACCAUUAUAACAUGUUGCUUUCAGUUCACAUCUAAAAUGGAUAAAAACUUGUGGAUAUGAUUGGUCAUAGAUUUUUCUUACUGUUUGCUAAAACACAUUCUCCCGCACAGAGCUUUUCUUGAGCCUACUAAGGCUUAAUAGUGGCCGCAGGAAAGCUCUGUGUGAGAAAAUGGGUCAAAACUAGAAGAGAAGGUUUAAUAAACAAGACUAGGGGAAUGAAGUUGGCUUUCCUCUCUACUCAUAAAAAGAUAGAAUUGACAUUUGAUAGCAUAUAGAAGUCUUGGGUCUAUAAUACCGUAACCACAAUGUGCCACAAGAUACACUCUACAAUGUAAAGUCACUUUAAGAAGAGAAACUGACAAAAUCUUUACAAAUUUUAAGAACAUUUCACAUUCUACAGAAUGCAAAGGCUGCUGCAUUACAAUUAGCCUGGGUGCCACCCCUUUUAUGUGUAGCUUUUAUAUGAACAACAGGCUUUUACAGUAUGUGAGCUUUACUUUUUAGUCCACCUCUCUCUUUGUUGAUGUUACUAAGCCGAGAGAGUGGGGUAAAGAUAAAAAGGCUGGCACACAGCUGGCUAGGAUACUGUUACACCAACUUGAUUUGUUCUCAGAUUUCAAAGAAAAAAUCAGAUUCUGGAAAAUAAAAAUCACUUUCCUCAUGCAAUAAGGGAGGGAAAUCAGUCAGAUUCAAGCUUAAUAAUCUUUCUGACCCUCUUUUCUUGUGUUGAACAAGGAAAAGGAUUUAUACAAUGAAGGUGUCACCAUGAGCUGAAUAAAAAAUUAAAGGUAAAAAUGUACACUUGGUGAGCUGCAGCUGUAACAAGUUUAUUUUCUACAUGUGACUGUUGAUAGUUAUACCCCUAUAUUAUGAUGCCUCUAUAUUCUUACACUCUUAUGUUUCAAUGCCAUUAUGACCUACAAAUGUACACCCUCAUAUGUAUAUUACAACGCCGCUAUGUUCCGACACCCCUAUACACCCCCUAAACCGCAACCUUUAUCGAAAUCCAAACAUAGAGGUGUUGGAAUGUAGGGUUGUCAAAAUAUAGGGGUGUCAGAAUUAUUAUCAGGGCUGUCCCAACGUUUACAGUGCACAGCAUGUUAAGUAAUAUCAUGAAAUGAAUAGUCAGAUAAUUCUUUUUCUGAAAUGAAAAUUAUUAGUAACAUUAUGCCACACAUUAGUACAUAAACUUCAGCUCACAGGGAGAAGGAAUGAUUUGUUGGAUUGGUGUAUUCAACAUGGCCAGUUCAGGUGAAAAGUGAACUUUGUAAUUUGUUUGUUCUUUGUUGAUAUUAUACACAGUAAAGUUAUCAACAUGACUUUUCUCCCCCUCAUCAUUUAAACUCUCUAUAUAGCUACAUACUAGCUGGUAGUAUGGAAAUCGCAAACACCAUCCCCACAGUUAUCUAAAAGAAAUCAUGCUUAACGUUAUAUUCUAUAGUCUUUGUACAUUCCAUCGGAGGAUAUGUUCCGAUUGCUCGUCCAUGGGUGGCUAAGGUCAGCUCUACU